UUGAUUGUCUGUGCAGAAAAUGAUCACAUGACACCCGUGGUGGGUGUCGGGAGGAGAAGCGAUCAGCAGGCUAGUGGAGGUUUCAACAUGGCCGCUUUGGGCUGUCACUAAGGGAGUUGUUUUCAACUCAAGAGCCGUUCCCUGGCCAGAGAAAAUAACGGAGCCAUUCGGUACUUGGUACUUGUUCAGAAAGCAAGACCAACAGCGCAAUGGCUCAGUGUGUUCAAUCGGUUCAGGAGUUCAUCCAGGACUCCUUCGUCCCUAUGGUUGCUGUCUUGUGCAGCGAAGAUGCAGAGAAAGUCACCCGCAAAAACAAUCUGAAUUUUCCGGAGCUCCUGCGGCCUUUCUGUCGUCUCACCUCUGAAGGGCACCUGCGAGACCCUAACAACCAGCUGGUGGCGGUGCGCAGCCUGCGUAUCUGCGUGACGGGCGUGAACACGCGGCCCACCCUGAGCGGAACGGUGCGCAGCGCCCUGGGCAACGCCGUCGCCUCAUGCCAACCCGCUGACACAACCAGCGCAAACCUCAUCACCGCCGGAGACUAUGACCUCAACAUCAGCGAUCGCUCGUUAAAAGCGAGCGUGCCCUGGUACUCCAGCUGGAAGGAGACCCUCACCCAGCUCAGCUCCAGCUCACACUACACAGCUACGACCCCAUGGUUUGAAGCGUACAGAGAGAUCUUCCUUCAGAACAUGCCUGCCACCGAGCAUGAGUUUCUCAACCAUUAUCUGGCCUGCAUGCUGGUGGUGUCGUCCAGUGAGACGGUGCCCCUGGAGCAGUUCCUGAAGCUCUCGCAGGAGCAGCACAAGAUCCAGCACAGCGGGGAGUUCGCCAACCCGCGCUGGUUCAUCCCCAACACGCUCAAGUACUACGUGCUGCUGCACGACAUCAGCGACGGGGAUGAACAGAGGGCGGAGAGUGUGUAUGAGGACAUGAAGCAGAGGUAUGGCUCUCAGGCUUGCUACCUGCUGAAGAUCAACUCCAGGCAGGGGGGAGCGGUGGGCUCCGAGGAGCAGAUCCCAGACCCAUGGAGCCAGUACCUGCAGAAGAUGCACAGCCAGGAGUCAUAUGAUGACACUGCGUCUACCAACAGUGUGGAGAAUGACCUCAACAACUCCAGCGGGGACAUGCCCCCCAAAGAGCCCUCGUCCAACAGCCUGGACGGCCAUCCUCUCCAGCUGGACCAGUCUACAGAGCCCCCCCUCCCUCCGCAGGGGGGUGAGGUGCUGGACGGGGUGGAGGCGCGGGCCUCCAAGGCCGCAGGAGGAGGAGGAGGAGGUGCAUCCUCCCCACCCGCCGGGACACACGGUGCCUGGCUCACCCUCACGGACCACGACCGCAUCCGGCAGUUCAUCCAGGAGUUCACCUUCAGGGGCCUGCUGCCUCACAUCGAGAAGAACAUACGCCAGCUCAACGACCAGUUGGUGUCUCGGAAGGGUUUGAGCAGGUCGUUGUUCUCGGCCACCAAGAAGUGGUUUGGUGGAGGCAAGGUGCCAGAGAAGAGCAUCGCCGAACUCAAGAACACUGCUGGACUGCUCUAUCCACCUGAGGCGCCAGAGCUGCAGAUCCGCAAGAUGGCCGACCUGUGCUUCCUGGUGCAGCACUACGAGCUGGCCUACAGCUGCUACCACACGGCCAAGAAGGACUUCCUGUCAGACCAGGCCAUGCUCUACGCAGCCGGGGCUCUGGAGAUGGCUGCAGUGUCUGCGUUCCUCCAGCCGGGAGCCCCUAGACCGUAUCCAGCCCACUACAUGGACACGGCCAUCCAGACCUACAGAGACGUCUGCAAGAACAUGCAGUUGGCUGAGCGCUGUGCCUUGCUGAGUGCGGAGAUCCUGAAGAGCCAGGCCAAGUACUCCGAUGCCGCCGCCCUCCUCAUCAAGAUGACCAGCGAGGACUCUGACUUGCGUAGUGCCCUGCUGUUGGAGCAGGCUGCCCACUGCUUCAUCAACAUGCGGAACCCCAUGGUGCGCAAAUUUGCCUUCCACAUGAUCCUGGCAGGACACCGCUACAGCAAAGCUGGACAGCGGAGGCACGCGCUGCGCUGCUACUGCCAGGCGCUGCAGGUGUAUCGUGGGAAGGGCUGGUCGCUGGCGGAGGACCACAUCAACUUCACCAUCGGCCGCCAGUCCUACACGCUGCAGCAGCCCGACAACGCGGCGGCCGCCUUCAGACACAUCCUCAUCAACGACAGCCAGCAGAGCUCCACGCAGCAGGCCGCCUUCCUCAGGGAGUACCUCUAUGUAUAUAAGAGUGCGAGCAAGUCGGAGGAGGAGAGCGAGUCGGAGGGAGUGCUGCCCCAGCUGCCGCUGCCCUGCCUCAACAGCGCAAACACACGCGUCUUCUUUGGACACGAGCGCAGGCUCGCUGAGGGUGAGAAGCAGGCGGCGACGCACGUGACCUUGGACCAGGAGUGUGAUGCGGACCUGUCGCGCCUCUGGAUCCGCCUGGAGGAGCAGGUGGUGGCCAUGGUCAACAGGGGGGUGGUGCCCUCCGCCUUCCAGCCCACACAGGCCUGCCUCAGCCAGCACACGGACAACCUACGCUGCCCCAUGGCUGUGGUGGAGGAGCCCAUCAUUGUGGAGGUGUCGUUCCGGAACCCUCUGCGGGUGUCUCUGUGUCUGACGGACCUGUCUCUGCUGUGGAAGUUCACCCCCAAAGACUACAGCCGGCCGCCCGACAACUCGCAGCAGGACGCCGCCUCUCACACCCUCACCAACGAGAAGGAGGCCCUCAACCCACAGACCCCGUCCAGCACUGACAUCAUCACCACUGAAGUCAUCUCAGAGUUCAACAUGAGUCCAGAAGAAACCAAAGUGGCCCGCUUAAAGCUGCUGCCGCACCAGACAGGAGAGCUGCAAAUCCUGGGAGUGGUGUACAACCUGGGCACCGGAGACUGGGGCAAUACAUCUACAGAGGGCCUACCUCUGGGAGGGCUGAGUGUUCGCGGUAAGCAGGAUCUGGAGAUCCAGGGCCCCCGGCUGAACCAGACCAAGGAGGAGAAGACCAGCGUCAAGCACGGCCCAGACCACCGCCUAGACCCCAUCAUCACACCACCCAUGCCCCUGCUCGAGGUCUUCUUCCUGCACUUCCCCACGGCGCUGCUGUGCGGCGAGCUUCGCCAGGCCUGGGUGGAGUUUGUCAACGUGAGCGGCGUCGCGCUGGCCGGCCUCCGCGUGGCCUCCACCCACCCGCACUUCUUCACGCUGGGCGCCCGCGGACAGACCCACGCCCGCACGCCGCUCUCGCCCACCGCCUCUGAGCACAGCUCCGCCUACAAGACGGUGCCCGCCGAGCCCUCCGCCAUGGCCAAGGUCACGCUGGUCUCGCCGGCCGAGUUCGGCGGCGGCGGCGGUGGCGGUGGUGGCAGCAUCACAGGUGCCAGUCCUGGCAGUGGGGGGCCAGAGGGAGUGUGUGGCGUUGGGGGAGCUGGCAGCAGUAGUAGCGGGGUGGUGGAGGUGGAGCUGCCAGGCCAGGUGCUGCAGCCGGGGGAGGCCCUCCAGGUACCCAUGUGGCUCAGGGGGCCCGACACGGAGGGCGUGCACGAAAUACACUUCCUCUUCUACUACGAGAGCACGCAGAAGAACGGCAAACUGAGUCAUAGGGUGUUGAGGCACACUGCUGUCAUCUGUGCCAUCCGGUCGCUGUGUGUGCGUGCCACGGCCUGCCGCAGCAACACGCUGCAACACUCGAUACCCCCACACGGGGCAGCGCAGGCUGCUGAGGCCGAGACACCAGCCAAACAGCCGGGGCCACAGGAGGAGAGGGGCAGCAGCAUGCUGGUGUUUGUGGACGUGGAGAACAUCAACACAAGUGAAGUUGGAGUGCGUGAGUUCCACAUAGUUCAGGUUUCCAGUAGCAGUCGCCACUGGAGAUUACACACCUGCAUUAACCCGGCUGGGGAUAAAGACUCUAAGCUGGGGAGCAGGGAGAGGGGAAAGCUGUGUUUCAGAGCCAACAGAUGCAAACCGCAAGAAGCUACCUCAGAUGCUGCAGACAAACUUACUUUCGCGGACCUGAACUUAGGCAAUGAGCAGAUCGUGAGCUCGUCCACUCCGUGCGCAGACUUCUUCUUCCGGCGCAGCCCCAGUGGGGAGCAGAAGAGGGCCGGUGGCGUGGUGCUGGGGGUGGCCUGGGGCCAGGGGAGCGCUACCCCCGUCCCUGACGACAGCAUGGCCGUAGUCAAGAAGUGCAGCGAGGUCGACCUGGACCUCAUUGUACUGUGGAAGGCUUACGUAGUGGAGGACAACAAACAACUCAUCUUGGAGGGCCAGCUACACGUUUCCCUACAGACCAUCGGCAAAGAGGCUUGCUCCCUCACACAGAGAGAGGAGAGCCAGGAGAUGGUGUUGCUGAAGUUCAAGCCGGACCCCCCUCCCCCGCUGGCCAGACCCUCUCAGGAGCAGCUCUCGCACCUCAUCAAGACAUGCCUGCAGUACCCACACACACACCAGCACCCCUUCACACAGCAGAGUUUGUGCAUGGUUCCUGUCACGCUAACGCUGUCCAACUGCUCGCUUGCCCAGGUUGAUGUCAUCAUUGACCUGCGACACAAGUCUACCAGCCCUGAGUCCCUGGACGUGUGCGGCCUGUUCGUGUGGCUGGGCCAGACCCAGUACAAGCUGCAGCUGUCUGCGCGGGAGGUGCGCUGCGUGCGUCUGCGCGCCUGCUUCACGCAGCCGGGCGUCUACAACCUGGGCACGCCGCGCGUCUUCGCCAAGCUGGCCCAGAGCGGCGCCAACAUGUACGAGACCAGCAGCCAGCAGAGCGCCCUGCCCGCCCUCAUCGUCAUCGACGGCAUCUGAUUGGACAGCGUGGCGCCCCGCCACUCAGCGAUUGGACAGGAACGCCUCAUUGACAUCUCAUUGGAUAUCACACAGCAUGGCCCGCCCUCAUCGUCAUCGAGAGCAUCUGAUUGGACUGCGUGGUGCCCGCCACUCAUCGUCAGCGAUUGGACAGGAACGCCGGCCUCAUUGACAUCUCAUUGGAUAUCACACAGCAUGGCCUUGGCCCGGCUCGAUAGUCAUCUGCAAUGUCUGAUUGGGCACCCUGCUGUCAUCCUGCUCAUCUGUGGUGUGUGAUUGGACAGAACGCUGGCCUCGUGGUGUGUGUGUGUGUUUGUGUGCAUUACUCACUCUCAUUGACAUCUGAUUGGAUGUCACACAACAUGGACCGCCUUGAUCGUCAUCUGCAGCGAUGGAUUGGAUGUGACAUGGCCUACAGGCCCACCCCCUGCCCGUCACGGCCCCUGUCAGCCAGGAAUGCUCAGUCAGCAUCGCACAGCGCAGGCACAUGCCAUCCAACACUGGCCCAUACCUCUCAACACUGUGAUGUCACUGCACAUCUUAUCCCACAGUGCUCUCUCUCUCUCUCUCUCUCUCUCUCUCUCUCUCUCUCUCUCUCUCUCUCUCUCUCUCUCUCUCUCUCUCUCACUCUUUCUCUCUCACUCUCUCUCUCUCUCUCUCUCUCUCUCUCUCUCUCUCUCUCUCUCUCUCUCUCUCUCUCUCACUCACUCACUCACGCUCUCACUCACGCUCUCUUGACGAAAUCUGCAACAAGACUGCAUCUUUGCAAGGUCAUGCACAUCUGAGUAGUGAAAUAAAUAAAAAACUGGGCAAUGUGGGACAGUUAACUCACCAUCUUCAUCCUCCAUCACAAACUCACCUCCAUCGUCUGUCUGCCAUCACUGCACCUCUAGCACAAACCUUGUCCAAAAAUCCAUUGCUCUCUGGGCCGUUGUUGAGGGAGAUAAAAAGAGACACGAAAACUAAAAUAAACAGACAAAAAGCAGUCAGCUAUGGGAUCACAAACACUUGGGAGCAGUGAUCACCACCUCUCUCUGCCUUCACGUGCGGCAAAGGGCGUGUGUGUGUGUGUGCGUGCGUGUGCGUGCGCGUGCGCGUGCGUGUGUGUGUGUACUAUACCCUUCAAUGUCUGGACAACGGGCAGCGGGCAACUCCAAUUCUUUCGGUCAUCUGUCUCCAUGUCGUCACCAUAGCUGUGAUGGUGUGGCCCCCCCCCCACCCCUCACCACUCUCAGCAUCACUGCCAUCGGUCCUCAACCUCCCUGCCUGCCUCCCUCUCCCUCUCCCUCUCCUCCACCCUCAACAGCCCCCACCCCCACCCUACAUCAUCCAUACUUCCUUGGUUUGAUAUCCACCAUAGCACUGCACCCAACAAAACUACACCAUUCAUGUCCACUAGUGAAUAAAAUGAAUAUUGGAGUUCACAUUCAAAAUAUAUGAAGGCAAAA